AAGUGGCCCCAAAUCCCCUCUGAAAGGGGAGGGUUCAGAUAUCAGCAUAACCCAUGAGACAAGGAGUGGGGUGGGGUGGAGAGGGUAUGGAGGUCUUAGAUGAAGUGUCUUGAAUAAGGCAGGACCAGGUGUCCCCAGUACAAAACAGCUGGGAAGGCCCUCCCCAAACUCCCAUUUUGGAUUAGACCAGCCCCAGGCAUGAACUAAGACUGUCCACAGCAUUUGGAUUAGUCAUGGCAGCGAAGAGAAGAGGACCUACAGCACAGGCUGUGCCUGGCAGGGAGUCUGGAGUUUCUGGUUUCCAAGUUCUGGAAGGCAUGAGCCAGGGGAGGGGCCUCCUUGUAGGGGGAGGGCGGGAAUCUGGGGCAAGGCCCCAGUCAGCUAUGCAAGGCUGCGCAAGCAGAGGCAACACCGAACAGGAGGAGGAUCCCAAGAGCCUCCUGAAACUCAGGAGAGGAGCUACUCCAGCUUUGACCACCUAAGACAGCACUCCUCUGAAGAUUGUAACUCCAUUUGCCAUCCCGAGGCCUCUGCUCACCCUGUACCCCAAGGAUGGAACCACUACUGGGAGUAAAAAUUGGCUGCGUGUUUGCCCUGCUGGUUCUCACUCUGAUCUGCGGCCUUAUUCCCAUCUGCUUCAAAUGGUUCCAGCUGGAUGCAGCCACAGGUCGUCACCGCCGGGUCCUCAGCCUCCUGGGCUGCACUUCUGCAGGUGUUUUCCUGGGAGCGGGGUUCAUGCACAUGACUGCUGAUGCCCUGGAGGGAAUUGAGUCAGAGAUCCAGAAGUUUAUGAUGCAGAACAGGACAAAAAGGGAGGGAAGUGUUUCUGAUGAUGCCGAUUCAGCACAGAUGGAGUAUCCCUAUGGAGAGCUCAUCAUCUCCCUGGGCUUCUUCUUUGUCUUCCUUUUGGAGUCGCUGGCAUUGCAGUGCUAUCCUGGGGCUGCUGAAGGGGUCACAGUGCAGGAGGAGUGGGACGGGGCUCACGUCCUUGGACUCCACAGCCAUGGACCUCUCCCUUCCCCCUCAAAGGGUCCCCUCCGAGCCCUUGUCCUCUUGCUCUCCCUCUCCUUCCACUCAGUGUUUGAAGGUCUGGCUGUGGGGCUGCAGCCAACAGUAGCAGCUACCGUGCAACUCUGUCUCGCAGUCCUGGCUCACAAGGGGCUCAUAGUGUUUGGUGUAGGACUGCGGCUGGUGCAGAUAGGCUGUGGCUCGCGAUGGGCCACACUGUCCAUCCUGUCACUGGCUCUCAUGUCCCCCCUGGGCCUGGUCCUGGGACUGGCUGUGACUCAGGGGGACUCUAAAGGGGGGCGUGGCUUAACCCAGGCUGUGUUAGAAGGUGUGGCAGCCGGCACCUUUCUGUAUGUCACCUUCCUAGAAAUUCUGCCCCGGGAGCUAGCUGGCCCCGAGGCCCCUCUGGCCAAGUGGGGCUGUGUAGCUGCCGGUUUUGCCUUCAUGGCCAUUAUUGCUUUGUGGGCCUGAGAGAUUCCUGAUUCUUCUGAUGGACCUAUCUACAAUGGCCUUCCUGCCCCUGGGAGACACUUCCCAGACAGCUUUGGCCCUCAGAUAUUUCUCUACUGAGACUAAGUGACAUUCACUAGGCAUCGUCCACAUGAACUGGACCCCAGCUUUUCCCUACAUGAGAUGCCAUUUCUCAUCCAGGACUGAGAGAAAGAUGUUUAAGUUGAGUGCCUAUAAAUUGGAGAAUUGAUAUAAACACAAUCACUCUAGAUUUGACUCCUGUCCCAUUUAUGCUACUGUAAACAAUAAAAUGUCCAUUUUACCCUUCCCCUUCA